AUGUGUGCUCCGGACCAGAGCUGCAUUCAGUACUGGCUCUUGCCGGAAAGAGCGCCGGAGUGGUAUCGCAAACUGGUUUUGGGAACUGGCGGAAGGGACGUGCAUUCGCAACCACCGCCGAAAGACUCUUUACCGCUGCUAGGCCACCUUGACCUCACGGUGCCAAAACUAGUGGAUGCGAAGGACUACUGGGUCAAUGGCCUAGGAGCCCUUGAGAACUACAGAGAAUCCGCCGGUGAGCUUUGGGCGCACCUGGGACCCUCCCAGAUUCGCAUGAGCGAGGGCAGCAUUCGCAAGUGGCCUGGAGAGAUUCGGAUCUGGGUGGAGGACAUUCGAACGGUCGCAGACAUGCUCAACAUGUUGGGACGUACCCUUGACACGAAACUGGUCGCUGAGAUGCGAGAAGCCACUACCGGCGGCGAAUAUGCGGCGCUGCUACAUGACCCUGGCCAUGUCAACAAGGUCCAAGCCAGCGAGGCACCUUCGGGUUGGGCAGAAGCGAUUCGUGCAAUUCCAUCUGGGCUGAGCGGCGAGGUCCGCAAAAAGAACGCCCUGGCUCUGUCCGAAGCGGUAGUUUUGCUGCCAAAGCGAGAACAGAUCCAAGGUGUCGCGCGCUUUUACGACCACUUCAUUGGCUCGGCCAUCACGAAGAAGUAUCAGGUCUACGAGGCGCAGGCGUUGAUGGACAUUUGCAUGGUGCACUUUGCGCCGGGUCCGAAGCUGCACCAGACUUUGACUUACAAGGCAGACAAGACAGCCGUGAUUCCGGCCAGCCUGGCUUCCGUUUGCAUCUAUCUGAAGGACCACGUGCAGUUCCACUUGGUAUACGCCAAGUGCAAGGCUGCAGGGAUCCUGAGACCAGACGAUGCAAAGAAAAGCUGGGAAGAGGUCGAGUCUGCGCACGAGUAUACGAUUGAAGGCGUUCUCGACCCUCAGAGCCAUUCCAUGGUCAUCGCCUUGCACCAUGUGAUUAGAACUCUGGAACAUCCCGAAUGCCCUUUGUGCCAAGGACUUUCCGCGACCUGUGUCUUGCGAGAGCACCAGACACGAGCGGAGGCUGCAAGAGGUCCAUGGAUCUACACGACCUCCACUCCAAAUUAUACCAAGGCCCUGAUGCGUCACGUGGAUCCCGGCGGCCGUGUCUUCGCGAUGCGUGUCCUGACCAGGGAGAAGUGCAAGCCAUGUGCCAUUCCAGGAUUCCUCCUCAAGGAGAUGUCUCAGAUCCCGUCCAAACAUGACGCGGAUGAUGCGACUGAUGGGCCCUCGGCUUCGGGCUUCGAUCCGAGCUUCGGGUCUGAUGUGGCUCACGAGGAACAGCAGCUUCUUCAACGCCGAGUGCAGCGCCCGGCAGUGCCCGGCAUUCUAAGAACGGUGCGAUGUCCCGAGCCAGAGGUGCUAGUUGACAACAGCCCGGUGUCCUGCGUUCUGCACCCCAACGGAUCUGUCUUGGUCCGUGACUGGUUGGGUGAGGGCACCGAAGACGACGAGUUGCCUCGCGUGCAGCGCCUGCUGGAGGCCGUCCUUGAAGAUGACGGCGAGAGUGAGGCUGACUAUGCCGCCCGUUUGGUUCGACAUACAGCCGGGCACGGCAGCUGGAGUGCACGUUUGAAGGCACUGAGUGGCCUCCUCGAGUCGCAGGCCCCAAUGGAGGCAGACGAACUGCGCACAAUGUUUCGCCGAAUCUCCAACGAGUGCAACGAUAUGAAGCGUGAGCUUCUGGGUGCAGCACCGUGA